CGACGGCUUGGUUUACUCUUUGAAAAGGAACAAAAAGAAGGCGCACUCACCUCUGGGCUCUCUCUCACCUCUGGCUUUGGAUCUUUGGACCACAGAUUAUUGAUAUGAGAAAGGUGUCUACCAUUGAUGGGUAUUUCAAAAAAAAAACCCCAAAUUGUUCAAUUUCAGAGGUCAAUGUUGGUGAGUCCUCAUUACCAGCUUCUACUACUACUAAUAUACCAGUAUUCAAAAAUAUUAACAUACCAGAGGUCAAUGCUGGUGAGACCUCAUUGCCAGCAUCUACUACUACUGAUAUACCAAUAUUCAAAAAUUUACCUACAAAGUAUCGAAGAAUUGAAGUUAAAGAAAUUGAUGUGAGUUUGUUGGAGCAUGAUCCUGGAUUACGUAAGCAGAUAUGUGAUUAUGAUGUUAACCAACAAGAUGAAAUUCGACAAGCUUAUAUUAAGCUAGGCCCUUGCCAACCUAUACAUUCAAAAUACCCAAAAUCUGGAAAAGAAAAGCACCAAUGUAGUUUUCAAAGUGCUUGGUUCAAGGUAUUUCCAUCGUCGCUAAAUAUUCAAAUGAGAAAGAUGCAGCUUUUUGCCUUCCGUGCUUUCUUUUCAACAAGUCCACUGGAAAAUCUGGUUAUCAUGGGCAAGUUGCAUUCACAAUUGAGGGAUUUAAUUCUUGGAAGAAAGCUAUGGACGGAGCCAGGGGUGCUUUUUUGAGUCAUGUGGGAAAAGAUCCGAACUCUUUGCACAAAAUUGCUGAAAGAUCAUACGGGGAUUUGAUGAAUCAAUCGCGACACAUACAAAAGGUACUUGAUAAUUUCACUUCAAAGCAAAUUGCAAACAAUAGACUAUGGUUGAAGGCCUCAAUUGAUACGGUAAGAUUGUUCGCACAUCAAGGUAUUGCUUUUAGAGGGAGAGAUGAAAGUGCUAGUUCAAUGAAUCGUGGAAAUUUUCUCGAAACAUUAAAUUAUGGUAUGUCUUUCAGCGAGAAAAUGGUUGACUUAAUAAAGAAUGCUCCCAAGAAUGCAACUUACACAUCCCCAAUAAUCCAAAAAGAAAUUCUACAUGUUAUUUCAACCAAGGUGCAGAAGGAAAUUCGGGAAGAAAUCGGUGAUGCAAAAUUUUAUUUGAUUGUUGAUGAAGCUCGUGAUGAGUCAAUGAGAGAGCAAAUGGCAAUUGUUUUAAGAUUUGUUAACAAAGAUGGUUUUGUGCGAGAACGUUUUCUUGGGGUUGCUCACGUUCCUGACACUAUCUCAAUAACUUUAAAGAAUGAGAUUUAUUCCAUAUUGUUUCAUCAUAGUCUCAAUAUUCAAAAUAUUCGAGGACAAGGAUAUGAUGGUGUGAGUAAUAUGAGGGGUGGGUGGAAUGGUUUGCAGGCUUUGGUUUCGAACGAUUGUCCAUAUGCUUAUUAUAUUCACUGUUUUGUGCAUAUAUUGCAAUUGGCACUAGUGGCAGCAUCGAAAGAAGUUGGUGUUAUUCAUUGUUUCUUCGCAAAAUUGCCUAAAAUUGUCACUAUUGCCGAUGCUUCGUGCAAACGUUUUGAGGAAUUGAAAUUGGCUCAAGCGAGUGACAUUGAAUAUUUGUUAUCCAUUAAUGAGCUUGAGAGUGGAAGUGGACUUAACCAGCUUAGCACUUUGCAAGGACAUGCUGAUACUCGUUGGAGUUCUCACUUGAGAUCAAUUUCUAGCAUGAUAAAGUUGUUUAGUGCCACAUGUGUUGUUUUGCUUAAAGUCAAGGUUGAAGGAAAUAGUUCCCAAAGAGGAGAAGCAAAAUGGGCGUAUGAGGAAAUGACCACAUUUGAGUUUGUCUUUAUGUUGCAUUUGAUGAAAGAGAUUAUGUUGAUCACAGAUUUUCUUUGGCAAGCUUUAUAGUGUAAGACUCAAGACAUUUUAAAUGCCAUGAAUCUUGUUUCAUCUACCAAGGAACUUCUUAGAAAAUUUAGAGUUGAUGGAUGAGAUGCUUUAAAUUCGAAUGUGAUAUUAUUUUGCGAGUCGCGAAAUAUUGAUGUGCUUGAUAUGAAUGCUCAUUAUAUUGAAAGAGGUGGUCGAGCUCGCCAUCAACAAGAUAAGUUCACCUUUCAACAUCAUUAUCAAGUAGAAAUUUUCUAUGCUGCGAUAGAUUUUCAAUUGCAAGAGUUAGAUCACUGAUUUAAUGAGGAUGCCAUGGAAUUGCUUAGUUUUGCCUCAGCUUUGGAUCCUCGAGAUGCACAUGCAUUUUAUAGGAUUGAUGAUAUUUGUCAGUUGGUGGAGAAGUAUUAUCCGGAAGACUUUAGCGGUCAUGAAAAAUUAUUGAUAAGAAUGGAGCUUAAACAUUUUCAGCAUAAUGUUGUUCGGCAUCCGGAAUUCAAACAAUUAGGGAGUAUUUCUAGGCUAUGUCAAUGGUUAGUUGAGACUAGAAAAUCAGAAACUUUCUUCCU